UUUGGGGUCACUCUGGGGGUCACUUGGACAUUGGGGACCCCCCUGGGGUCACUUUGGGGUCACUCUGUGGUCACUCUGUGGUCACUCUGUGGUCACCCUGUGGUCACUGUGGUCACUCUGUGGUCACUCUGUGGUCACCCUGUGGUCACUCUGUGGUCACUCUGUGGUCACUGUGGUCACUCUGUGGUCACUCUGUGGUCACUCAGUGUGGGGGUGGCCUCAGUGACCUCUGUCCUCUCCCCUCCGGCCAGGUCGGCGCCCUCGGCCCCCGCCGCCCCUCCCCCCGCCGCGGGCGAAGGGGGGGGACCCCCCGCCCCUCCCCCCAACCUGACCAGCAACCGGCGGCUGCAGCAGACCCAGGCCCAAGUGGAUGAGGUGGUGGACAUCAUGCGGGUGAACGUGGACAAGGUGCUGGAGCGGGACCAGAAGUUGUCCGAGCUGGACGAUCGGGCGGACGCGCUCCAGGCCGGCGCCUCCCAGUUCGAGACCAGCGCGGCCAAGCUCAAGCGCAAGUACUGGUGGAAGAACCUCAAGAUGAUGAUCAUCCUGGGGGUCAUCUGCGCCAUCGUCCUCAUCAUCAUCAUCGUCUAUUUCAGCACCUAACGCCGCCGGCCCCGCCCUGCCAGGCCCCGCCCCCCGCUGGGGCCACGCCCCCUCAAGCCCCUCCCCCCCCCGG